AGUUUGCGCUCUCACAUGAAAGAAGGAGCCAGCGGAUUAAAAACUGUAGCGUUUAUGUUCAUGUUGUCCGGCCCGCCGUUCAAACGGGAUGAAGUGCGUUCAAAAUCUCCGCUGUCGUGCAUGUUCCUUGACAGGACGCGUAGCAACGGAGGGCAAUGUCACUGCAAGCAGUUAAAUUGUUGGACACGAUAAACCUCCGGGCAGAAAUAAAGGUGUGACGACGACAGGCGGUGUAUACGGGUUCCGCUGCAGGCCAGUGUGCAUGGUCAUUUGUGUGUGUUUUGUUUAUGUUUGUGUGUGUUUGAGUGAGUGGCAAAGCAGCGGGGGUUGUAACGUGAUGCCAAGAUGCUGCUGUCCUUGGGAAUGUUGAUGCUGUCUGCCACGCAGAUUUACACCAUCUUCACCGUUCAGCUCUUCGCCUUCCUCAACCUGCUGCCCGUGGAGGCCGAUAUCGCCGCUUACUCAUUUGACAACAAAACGGAGAACUUUGAUGACCUGCCUGCACGGUUUGGCUAUCGGCUACCCAGCGAUGGCCUGAAGGGCUUCCUGAUUGGGGCACGGCCAGAAAAUGCGUGCGAGCCCAUCGAGCCCCCUCCGAGGGACAACCUGACGGGCGCCUUCAUCGUCCUCAUCAAGCGUUUUGAAUGCAACUUUGACAUCAAGGUUCUCAAUGCCCAGAAAGCCGGGUACAAGGCAGCCAUUGUUCACAAUGUGGACUCUGAUGACUUAAUCAGCAUGGGAUCCAAUGAUUUGGAUGUUAUGAAGCAGAUAGAUAUUCCCUCUGUGUUUGUGAGCGAGGAAACUGCCAACUCUCUGAAAGAAGACUACACGUAUGACAAGGGGGGACAUGUGGUCCUCAUGCCAGACUUCAGCCUGCCGCUAGAAUACUACCUGAUCCCCUUCCUCAUCAUCGUGGGAAUCUGCCUCAUCCUCAUUGUUGUUUUCAUGAUCACCAAGUUUGUCCAGGAUCGACACCGGGCUCGGAGGAGCCGCCUGCGCAAGGAUCAGCUGAGGAAACUUCCCAUCCACAAGUAUAAAAAAGGGGACAACUACGACGUAUGCGCCAUCUGCUUGGACGAAUAUGAAGAAGGUGACAAACUCCGAGUCCUGCCAUGUUCUCACGCCUACCACAGUAAGUGCGUGGACCCCUGGCUGACCAAAACCAAGAAGACGUGUCCGGUGUGCAAGCAGAAAGUGGUCCCCUCGCAGAGCGACUCCGACUCCGAUUCAGAGGAGGGGGAGAGCGGCCCCGACGAGAACGAGGAGGUGUCCGAGAGCACCCCGCUGCUGCGCUCUCUGGCCUCCACCAGCGCCCACUCCUUCGGCACCAUGUCGGGAGCGUCGCGCUCGGAGCAAGACCAGGAGUCCUCCGAGUACGAGGAUGACGAGCUGGAUAGCAGCGACAGCGAGGAAGAGGUCACCGUGGAGACUGUGGUGGUGCAGAUGCAGCAGCCCUGCUCUGAAGGCCACGAGCACGAUCUGCCCCGAGCUUGACUGACAGGUGGCUGGCCUGAUUGGUUGCGCAAACCCCCCCCCCGCCUUCCCCAACCUCACAGCUGCAGAGACUUUCGUUGGGGGUCACAAAAAAACAAGAUUCAUCAAUUCUUCUGUCACUGCUUACAAGACAUUGUAAUGUAUCCUUCCUACAAGUUAAAAUACAAAUCUUUAAGUUUUUAACAUGAUUGUGGAUAAAGUGCUGAUUUUCAAGUGUGUGACAGGAAGUCAGUGGGCAUAUCUGAGGGGCUGGUGACACUUAGGUACAGUAGACUGUUAUACUGUACUCUGUUCAGUCAUAAAGAGAUGGUAGAGAUGGGUUGUAAAGUCCAGAGGCCCCGAGCACACAAGAUCACACUUGACACAGAGUUAAGUUAAAAGUACUGUGUAUAUAAAACAUAUAGAUCACAAUAAGUUACAUCUUUACCUUUGAUUAUCUCCCGUCCUACAUCUUUCAGACGAUGGGGAAAUGUCAUUAUUGUGCAUACAUGUUCCGGUUACACUGACACACCAUGAGCCGCUAUGCAGCAUCCUUUUUUUAUUUUAUUUUUUUUGUAAAAUUAAAACUAACAUUCAGCAAGUAUAGAAACAUUUCAAGCCACAACAAUAUGGUUUUUUGCCAAUUCAUGACGUAUGAAGGAGCCUAGGCGCUCCUGUCUGUGAUUCGUGCCACAGUCUGUUACAAGGACGCACACUAAGAGAAACUGAAGUCGAACCAGUUUAGAGAGGAGUAUUCGGAGAAAAGAAUGCGCUCCUCCAUGUGACGUCACAUUGCGUUGAAAGUGUGGAGAUGUCCACGCUGCCUGUGGUAAAACUUCUUUUGGCUGCUCCAAACCUAUCACUCCAUUUAACACAAGCAGUUAUUUGUUGAUAGGCCUUGUAAUACACAUUUAACUGACCUUAUAUCAUUUUAAUACGGUUUAUAGUAAAUACGCUUAAGUUUAAGAUUGUUUUGUUCUUGAAACCUGUUGCCUUUUUCAGUUUAUAUAUUUUGUCUCGUUAGUGUUUUUCCCUGCUCAUGUAUGUCAUGUAUGUACUCAAUCUGAAUUCACUUCAAUAAAAUGAAAAUGACACUUGACAAGGAAACUGGUUAAUCAUUUACAUAAUUCAUGACACGAUGCAAUCAGACAUCCAUCCAACUAUUUACAUCCUACCUAGUUUUUUUUUUUUGCUGUUAUGUGUACUUCUGAGACUUUUGCUGUGUUCAUCUGGGGUUUUAACGAGAAGACAUGUCGACUACAGUGGAAUUGUUCAGGGUAAUGACCUGAUUAUCUGAUACAAAUCAGCCUGUUAAAGGCCAGCAUGGCUCAUUAACAAGUGGAAGUUAAAGGACCUCUACACUCUUCUCAAAUAUCACUCAUUUCCCAGUUUAAUCUCUAUACGCAAGAUGAGGGUUUUGCGGGAUGGCCUGAGGGUUUUAAGCAACAACCAUUAACCUCCCUGGUUAGGAACCUUCGUUGCAUCAGUCCCACUCACUUGAUUUCCUGUUUGUAUAAUAUUCUAAAAAAAAAAAAAAAGUGUUGCCCUUAAAUGUGCCUCCAAUUUAAUAGAAAAUACCUGUUUACAAAACAUCCCAAGGUUGAUCUAUUUCAUGUGAUCUUAACCAUGAUAGUUUGCCUAGUUGUCAUGGAAAUGUAGAUGCUGGCUUGAAAGUUGAGUUUCAAAUCUCCACCUGCUGAUAUCAGACACCUCAAAGCUCCAACUAAAUGGACCAAAGUGAACAAUGAACUUUGAAACUCAGCUUUCUAUCGAACUCUGAGGCACACACAGGUGAACGACUGUGCAGAUAUGAAAUAGUCAAUGUCAACGACACAAAUCAGCUACAACAAUGAAACUAAAGAAACCGGACUUUGGGAAUGACUCAUGAAGCAGGAUUACUCGAUGGGUUAUACUCUGCCAACCCUUUGGUAAUCAGCUGCCCAGAUACAGCUUACAUUUCUGGAAUUUUUGGCUUUAAUUUGAUAUGAGGCCUAACGCUGUUCGGACAGACUAGCCAUUUCCCCGUUUUCUGUCUUGGUGCUAAGUUAACCAGCUGCUGGCUGCCACUUCCUGUUUAACAGACAGGCACAAGUGAUACUGUUAUCAUCUGUAUUUCCCAAAAUGUUGAACUACUCCUUUAAAAACAACAUUGAGGAUAGGAGGGAAAAAGGACAGAAAACAGUUAUCUGGUUGGAAUAAAUUUAUUUGAUCUGUCUGUAAACAAGGUGAUAAAUCAAUUUAUGGCAUUUCUUGGUUUUAUGCAUAUGAAAUCAGAUGCAUUAAAGAGACUGUAUCCCAGAUGUAAGAAAAAAAAGUGGUGAGGAAAAGGAAAUGAACAUAAAUCAGCAACAGGACUUGAAACAGGUUUUUUUUUAUAUGAGUACACAUAUCCCACAAGGCCUAAACAGUGGAGCUGAAGCUUAAAGAAAAAAAAAAAGUGCCAAUGAAAUGACUCCUUAGUGGACAGUGGGUAAAAUCCAUCUUACAACAGCAACAGAUCUCUAUAUUAUGGCACAGGAUACACAGGUUCUGUAGUUACGUUUCGACAAGACAACCAUAAGCGUCUUCGUUCCAACCAAUCCCAUCUCCCAUUGAGUGUCAUUUCUACUUUUGAAAGAUUUUUUUUUUUUAUUUUUCAGUUGGACGUUACAUUUAGCAGUACUGAGCGUGGACAGACCGUGUGAUACCCCAGAGCUCAGCUGACUAGAGUAAAAGGCAAUUUAUUCCACAGUUUUGUAGUUGUCAACACAGCAUGGGUUUGUACAAAUGCAGUCGUUUUUUUUUCUAAACAAGAAAAAAAAAAAAAAGGGAGAAUUUCUUCAGAUACUCCCACCCUUACCUCCCCUGUAGCAUCAUUUUUUUUUCAACCAAAGUAAGUGUUACUGUCUGGUUAGUGUUUCCUUCAUCAGAAAAAAGUUAGCAGUCAUCCGUCACAUGAUUUAGAGCAAUUGUAUAAACACCCGAGCUUAGACUACACUUGGUCCUAUAAAAAGGAAAAAUAAAAGAAAAAAAAAAAAAAAAAAAAAA